AUGCGACGCUGGACGACACCGCUGCUGGGCGUCCUCGCAGUCCGUGGCGGGGCUGCUGCAGACCCCGCGACACUCGCGCUGUGGCCCCAACAUCUUGACACAGAGCUCUCGGUCUCCCACUCUGCAGGUUUCUUAGCCAGGUCUUUGUGUGAUUACCCAGCGUGGAAAACAACUAGUCCGCUGCAGGAGGUACUACGAGAACCUUCUGCGGGCUCGCCAAGACGUUGCUACUCCUCGUCUUUCCUUUUUGCGUCGAAAACCGGAGGCGCUUCGUUUUACAACAGCAUUGCUCGUGGACUUGAAGAUAGUUCGUUUGAUUUCCUGAGCUCGAAGGCGGAACAAGCUCUGGUGCAUGCGAAACGAGGCAUCAGUUUGAUUCAGCGUGAACACCGAUUUGCUGCGGUGUCAAUUGGCCGUAAUUCGGCUUCUUCACAAACUAUUGAGGUGGAGUAUUUGGAGGCUUGGGUCGCGAAGAAGUUGGAUACACAAGAAUCUUGGGAUGCUGCUGUUCCGGUUGGAGAGAUUGAGGCCAAUGUGUUGAUGGUGGCGUCGAUCAAACAAGACGCCGACCUUUUCAAGCUCGAGUAUGUUCAGCUUCAACAUGGAAGCAAGCUACCCGAGUCUCCAUUUGCGGUGGAUAUCCAAGCCCCAUCAAUGGUAGCAUCAGCGUCAAUGCAGGCAACUAUCGCUGGUGAAGGUUUUCACCGGCGGUACGUCAUGGACGUGAACAUCACGGAACACGAGUCAUGCGGAGAAGAUUCUGAAGACCAAGCAAUUCUUGUGCGCAUCCCAGUGUCUAAUACUGCUUAUCUUGACUUGGAUGAGAUUCGGAGAAUGGAGCGCUUUGGUGAGUUGAAACUGUUGUCCUUCACGAAGCACAUUGAGAUCGAGCGGCCGUCCUCAGUUUCUUCCCAACAUGUCGUCAGCCUCGAGUUCGCCGUGUACGGAAUGCAGCUAUGA